AGCCCAAAAAAGUCGUGGUGAUAUCGUAUCACCUUUCGUCGCUCCCCAUAGUCCAUCCGACAUCGACGAUGGUGACCGUAUUCAGCUCGUUUCCUCUGCUGAGGACGGCCGCACCACGGCUGACUCGGCAAUUGUUCACUUGCCAGGCGCGCCAGAUCCACCACAAGAAACCGACGUUGGAUGCGGUUUCUGGACUGAAGAGCAGGGCGAAGAGGACCUCGUGGAUAUUGCAAUGCCAUUACCAGUCGACGCAUGCCCCGCAGCAUGUUUCAAGUUUGGCACAAGCUGUGAAGAGCCCCUUAGAGGCGGUAGCAAAAAAAUCGUCGUUUCCACAGACGAGCAGCAAGAGCGUCGCAUACUGGCUGCUGGGUAGCGCGGCGAGUGUCUUCGGAAUCGUCAUAUGGGGGGGUCUAACAAGGCUGACUGAAUCCGGACUGAGCAUUACGGAAUGGCGUCCGGUCACCGGGUCGCUUCCUCCUCUCAACGACGCAGACUGGCAUUCGGAAUUUGACAAGUACCGCGCCUCCCCGGAAUUCAAACAAUUGAAUGCCCGCAUGACCCUUGAAGAGUUCAAACAAAUCUACUUCAUGGAGUGGGCGCACCGCCUUUGGGGUCGUGUCAUUGGGGUGACAUUUCUAAUACCAACCGUAUACUUUAUUGCUCGCCGGAGAGUAGCCUCACACAUGGCUUGGAAGCUAGUCGGCAUAUGUGGUUUGAUUGGCUUCCAGGGCGUCAUUGGAUGGUGGAUGGUAGCAAGUGGACUAAAGGAUGACCUCUUCGCCCCAGGAGCACACCCACGUGUCUCGCAAUACAGGUUAACGGUACAUCUCGGGGCUGCGUUUGUUGUCUAUCUAACGAUGCUGUGGAAUGGCCUUUCCAUCUUGCGCGAACACAAGAUGCUCAAGGACCCGGCUGCCGCGCAAUCGCUUUUCCAAAAGCUAAAUACCCCUCCGCUUCGCCGUUUCAAAGUCUUGACUGUAGCCCUCUUCGCUCUCACGUUCACAACGGCGAUGUCCGGUGCGCUCGUCGCUGGUCUAGACGCAGGAUUGAUCUACAACGAGUUCCCCUGGAUGGGUGUUGGUCUCACCCCCCCGAAAAGUGAGUUGUUCGAUCCAUUCUACUCGCACAACCCAUCAGGAAACGACCUCAUUUGGCGAAAUGCGCUUGAAAAUCCAUCGCUGGUACAGCUUGACCAUCGCAUCCUUGCUAUCGUGACGUUCACCUCCAUAUGCGGUCUCUGGGCACUUCCCAGACUGUCAUCUAAAUUGCGACCUGCAAUCUUAGGAGACCCUGCACUGGCAAACGUAAGGAAGGGAUUAAUGGGUGUUUUGCAUCUGGCAGUGAUGCAGGUCACACUUGGGAUAUCAACGCUGAUCUAUAUGGUGCCGACAUGGCUGGCUGCAGGCCACCAAGCUGGCGCACUAGCAUUGUUAACCGGUGUCACAAUUUUAAUGAGCAGACUGAGGAUUUCUCCGAGGACGAUGAAGCUUGUAAGGGAGAUUGCUAAGAGUCGUGGGGCUCAGACCAUGAAACCGGCGAGUUUGAAGCAAACGGUUGGUAGUGUAGAGCAGGUCGUGCGGUAGCUGAAUCCCGGCUCGCAGAUCUAACGCAUCCCCACUACAUGUAUUACACUUUGUACCAAUAGUUCGCACACGCAUGUACACAUUGGCAGAUAAACGCCACUCCGGGCAAAUGCAUCCUUUCCACUAACGUGCAUUUUAUGCUGGUUUUCCGAGCAGAUCCUUUCCUCGGCCAUUAUCGGCCACUUUUG